ACAGCUAUUUGACGGCCAUUCGAUUCAUAAAACGAAACCGAACGGGAAAAUAAAUCCAGAUUUUCGUCAAAACUGCUGAAAGAACAAGAGAAAAAAGUGUUUAACGAGAAACUCGGCCUUUUGUUGCAUCGAUUACGCAUAAAAUACCGCUAAACAUGGCAUCGUAUCAGAUAACAAAUUUGCUGGAAAAGAUGACCAGCAACGACAAAGAUUUCCGGUUCAUGGCGACAAAUGACCUGAUGACGGAACUACAGAAAGAUAACAUAAAGUUGGAUGAUGACUCGGAGAAGAAAGUUUGUCGAAUGGUGCUGAAAUUGUUGGAAGACAAAAACGGCGAAGUGCAAAAUUUGGCUGUCAAAUGCUUGGGACCACUUGUUAACAAGGUGAAGGAGGCGCAAGUUGGCACAAUUGUCGACUCGUUGUGCAGCAACAUGAUUUCCAACAACGAACAAUUGCGCGACAUCUCAAGUAUCGGCUUGAAAAUUGUCAUUUCGGAGUUGCCACAGACCUCAAACACGCUCGCGCCCUACAUUUGCGAGAAAAUUACCGAAAAACUGAGCAGAGCCAUUGAAAAGGACAAUGUUUCGGUGCAGCUGGAAGCACUGGAUAUCUUGUCGGACCUCCUUUCGCGCUUCAGUGACUACAUGAUUCAGUAUCACGACAAGAUUUUGGUUGCGCUGUUGCCGCAACUCGAAUCGGAUCGUCAAGCGGUGCGAAAAAGGACAAUUGUGGCGUUGUCGCAUUUGUUGGCGUCGUGCAACGAUCACGCCUACAACGAAGUCGUGUUGCAUUUGCUGGGCGGACUGAAGAAACCAAAGAAUGUCGGGACAAUUCGCACGUACAUUCAGUGUUUGGCGGCAAUUUGUCGGCAAUCCGGGCACCGAUUGUCCAAACACAUCAACGAAAUUAUGGCACUUUUGAACCAAUACAGUUCCCGUGACGACGACGAACUCCGUGAGUUUUGUCUCCAAGCGUCAGAAGCUUUCGUUUACCGAUGUCCCGAAGCAAUUACGCCUCACAUCCCGGAAAUCGUCAAACUCUGCCUCAAAUAUAUCACGUACGAUCCGAAUUACAACUACGAAGCCGACGACGGCGAUGGCAACCAAAUGGAUGUCGAAGACGACGACGACAUUGGCAGUUCCGAGGAGUACAGUGACGACGACGACAUGAGUUGGAAAGUACGUCGUUCCGCAGCAAAAUGCUUAGAAGCUGUAAUCUCAACGCGACGCGAACUAAUCGAAGAUUUUUAUCGUGAAUUGUCGCCCGCACUCAUUGCUCGGUUCAAGGAACGCGAAGAAAAUGUCAAAUCAGACAUUUUUCAUGCGUACAUCGCUUUGUUGAAAGUCACAAGACCGUCAGAGCAGGAAAUUAGUGCUGACCCCGACUCCAUGGAUCAAGUUCCAACGCAAAUCUCUCUACUGCAAGACCAAGUUCCCGCAAUUGUGAAGGCUGUUCAACCGUUGAUGCGCGAAAAAUCUGUCAAAACGCGUCAAGAUUGCUUUUUGUUGUUGAAGGAAUUGCUGAAUGCGCUUCCCGGAGGUCUCGCCAGUCACAUUGACAACUUAAUGAAUGGCAUCCAGUACUCGUUGAGUGACAAAAAUUCAACGAGCAACAUGAAAAUCGAUGCUUUGGGAUUCGUUUAUUGCAUGUUUGUGUCGCACCAUCCUCAGGUGUUCCAUCGUCACAUCCCGACAUUGGUUCCUCUGAUCGAAACCGCUGUUUGCGACGCCUUCUACAAAAUCUCAACGGAAGCUCUUCUCGUCUUGCAACAAAUGAUCAAAGUCAUGCGUCCCCUCGAUCUUCAAGUCAAUUUCGAUUUCACGCCCUUCGUCAGCAACUUGUAUCACUGCACCUUGACAAAAUUACGCAGCACCGAAGUGGAUCAAGAAGUACGUGAACGAGCGAUCGCUUGCAUGGGUCAAAUCGUCGCCAACAUGGGAGACGUUCUGCAACCCGAACUCGUCAAUUGUCUGCCGAUCUUCAUGGAGCGUCUUCGUAACGACGUGACUCGCUUAAGUUCCGUCAAAGCUCUAACAAUGAUCGCCGCAUCUCCGUUGCGCGUCAAUUUGAGUCCCAUCAUGGAAGAUGUAGUUCCCGCACUUGGUUCCUUCCUCCGGAAAAAUCAACGAGCAUUGAAACUGAACUCGUUGACGUUACUUGACACGCUGAUUCAGAAUUACAGCAACUUCAUUACGCCGCGUCUUUUGCAGAUGGCAAUUACCGAAGUACCUCCGCUCGUGUCGGACCAAGAUUUGCAUGUCGCCCAGUUGUCGUUGGUUUUGUUGACGUCAACGGCUAAAAUGAAGCCCGAAGCUUUGUUGCAAGAUGCUGAACCGUUGCUCGCGAAAAUCCUCAAAUUGUUGGAAUCGCCAUUGCUUCAAGGUACCGCACUGCACUGCAUGAUGAAAUUUUUCCAAACGCUUGUCGACGCCAAUUUGCCGGGUCUCAACUAUCGUCAUUUGCUGCAGCGGCUCAUGUUUCUCGUGCACAAUGCCGCCGGACCGCUUCACAAGCAAGUUUAUCAUUCGGUGGCGAAAUGCAUCGCUGCCAUCACCAUCCAGUCGCCGAACGAUGCGAUUCCCGUGUGCACUGAAUUCCUCGGGGAAAUCCAAAAUCCACGAAGUGAUGCUCAGCUGGUCUUUUGUUUGUUGACUGUCGGCGAAAUUGGAAGACAUUUCAACUUGAGCUCCAUUGAACCGUUGCCACAGAGCAUUUUAAAGUGUUUCGGCGCCUCGUCGGAAGACGUCAAAGCAGCUGCAAGUCAUGCCUUGGGCGCUAUCGCUGUUGGCAACUUGAAUCAUUAUCUCCCGCUCAUUUUGCGUGAAAUUGAAGCACAGCCCAAACGUCAAUAUUUGCUCCUUCAUUCCCUCAAGGAACUUAUCACGUCAUUAUCGACGCAAGGUGAUCAAUUAUUGCCUUCGGUCCCUUCGAUUUGGCUCCAACUCUUCAAAUAUUGCGAAUGCAGCGAGGAGGGAUCACGCAACGUCGUUGCCGAAUGUUUGGGAAAACUCGUUCUUGUCCAACCGGAGAAACUUUUGCCGCAGCUGCAAGCCGCCUUGCAAAAUCCGAGUCCUUUGAUGCGAACCGCUGCUGUUACCGCCAUCAAAUUUACGAUUUCCGAUCAACCGCAACCCAUUGACAUCUUGUUGAAGCAAUGCAUUCGUCAAUUUUUGCUCGCGCUCAAGGAUAACGAGCCGUCGGUGCGUCGUGUCGCUCUCGUGGCAUUCAAUUCGGCCGUGCACAACAAACCGUGCUUGGUGCGUGACUUACUGCCGGAACUGCUGCCUCUGUUGUACGAAGAAACGAAAGUGAAGAAGGAGCUGAUUCGCGAAGUCGAAAUGGGACCCUUCAAACACACCGUCGACGAUGGCCUGGAUAUUCGUAAGGCGGCGUUCGAGUGCAUGUACACGUUGCUGGAACAGGGAUUAGAUCGCGUUGACAUCAUGUUGUUCUUGGAACACGUUCAGGCAGGCUUGCGUGACCAUUAUGACAUUAAAAUGCUCACGUAUUUGAUGACAGCUCGCUUGGCGCAUUUGUGCCCGUCGUUUGUUUUGCAACGUCUCCCACAAUUCGUCGAUCCAUUGAGAGCAACUUGCACUCUCAAAGUGAAGGCAAAUUCAGUCAAACAAGAGCACGAGAAACAAGACGAAUUGAAGAGGUCAGCAUUGAGAGCUGUUGCUGCCUUGCUUCAAAUACCCAAAGCAGACAAAAAUCAAGCUCUCAGCGAAUUCCUGCAACUCAUCAAAACCUCGGGUGAUCUCCAGCCACUUUUCGAAUCGGUACAGAAUGCAUCGAGCGGCAAUACGGAAACAGCUCCUCUUCAGUAACGGACGUGCAACGCCAUCAUCAUCACCAACACCAACGACGACAAUGAAUGAAGAGAAAUGUGAAUUUUUCGAUUUUUUUUUAUAAGGACUUGAUGUCAACUCCCUUUUUUCUACACACAAACAACAAAGCAUAAUCUUAUUAUUAUUAUUAUAUUGGAAAAUCUUAAAGAGAAUAAUCUUAAUUAAUUAAUUAUUAUUAUUAUGGAUGAAAAUCCAAAGCAAAAAAAGAUUAAUUUGUGAAAUUUUCGUCUCAGAGACCCAGUAAAAGAAUAAAAUUGAUCUUGUAAGCAUAAAAUUUGGACUUUUUGUGAAUACUUUUAACAUUUUAUUAGGAAACAUCAGUUCUUCUUCACUCCAAAGUGGGUUAAACGUGAACAUUCGAGAUUAAUAGGACAUGAGAAUAAACAAAAAAUGACACUAAAAUUAAUGAAAAAUCCAAAAAUUUGAUGAGAGAGCUCUUUUUCGACCGACGUUUGAUGUGAUUUUUUUCAACCUUCAACCUUUUUCGUGGCUUGCCAGUUGAGAUAGUCGUCUCGCGUUGCUGCCUCAUAUUCUUGCACCAAAGCAUCUACCACGUCACGCGAAUCAUCCAACUCGUGCAAAUCAUCUUUGAACAUCUCCUCUUUCUUGAACUGAUCCAAAAAGGCUCCGCGUUUCCUUAGUUUGUCAUAUUGGUUCAAGCAGCGUUCGAACAAGGAACAAAUACUGGUGUGAUUUGCCAACAUUAACCCCGAUACCCGAUGACUACUUUGCACGUAAGGGCUGCUACGUGACAAUGCGACUUGAAUACUUGCGGGUCCCCAUGGGAUAAAUUGCGCCAAUUUUCUUUCACGAAUCCGCUGGAGACUUUUAUGCACUUGCGUUGGGUCAACUUCGCCUUGGAUGAUGUUCAGAAUGGAAAUGUAACAGUGAUGAUUGGAUUUAUCGGGUCCCGUGGAGACCAUCAUGUUCUUCGGUUGCAGCAAACGUCGCAUGACAUCAAGUACAGUCGUUUUACGGACAUUGGCGACAUCGGUGUCUGUUGUGAGAGGCGUGUAACCGGUCAUAAGGAAAUGCAAUUGUGGCGUUGGGAUCAGGGGAGCAAUCAAA